CCCUGCCUUCUCCAAUCUGGUUGUUAAUUCCAACACAUCUAGGAGCAUCAGGUUUGAGAAAGAAACCAUAACCGUUUCCUUGCUCACUGUUCUUUUCCAACAGAUCUCUGAUCUCUUCUGGAAGUACAACCAUCGCUAGGCGCUCUACCGCCGCCAUGCAGAUCUUCGUGAAAACCCUGACGGGGAAAACCAUUACCCUCGAGGUUGAACCAUCUGAUACUAUUGAAAAUGUCAAAGCCAAGAUCCAGGAUAAAGAAGGAAUUCCUCCUGACCAACAGCGUUUAAUUUUUGCUGGCAAACAAUUGGAGGAUGGACGUACUCUGUCUGACUAUAACAUUCAAAAGGAGUCCACCCUUCAUCUUGUGCUGAGACUUCGUGGUGGGGCAAAGAAAAGAAAGAAGAAGUCUUACACCACUCCUAAGAAGAACAAACAUAAGAGAAAGAAGGUGAAACUUGCUGUCCUUAAAUACUACAAGGUGGAUGAGAAUGGCAAAAUUAGCCGCUUGCGUCGUGAGUGUCCCUCUGAAGAAUGUGGGGCUGGAGUGUUCAUGGCUAGCCACUUCGAUAGACAUUAUUGUGGCAAGUGCUGCUUGACAUACUGCUUCAAUAAACCAGAAGACAAGUAAAUAUGUCUAUUGUAAUAAAAAAAACUUUUAAACAUU